AUGCGCCUAGUCCACUCGCUUUCCCUAGUUGUUGUCACUUUCAUUUCACUUGUCUAUGGUUUUCCGGGAAGAGUGUACAAGAUCGACCUCCCGAGUAGGAUACCGCAAGGUGGGACGUUCUCCGUCACUGUGUACUUCUCUGGGUAUCCAGUCACUUUUGUGGAUCUUGGGAUUGUCUGGGGAUUGAGGGAGAAGGAUAUCGUUUGUGAUAACUGCGUUGGAGAACAAAUUGGGUAUACAAAUCUCGAUGUCCCGGGGUCAACAUUCAAGGCCUCACGAACAUUUGUAGUUAGCGUCCCGGAUUAUUACCAAGGAGAUUAUACGCUGGUGGCGCUGAUACCCUUCAUAGUCGGGAUUGAAGGCGCAGGAAACUUCCAAACGUUCACUCAGAAUUGCACGGUCUCAAGAUUCCCACCCCACAUCAAACCCCCUACAAUUUCUUACGUUGGACAACCUACCGGUCCGAUCACUUCUGGCACCCCUUUAACGGGUUCUGCCAGUCCUACAAUCCCACCGGUUCGACAGACCGGUAGCCCCAUUGUUUCUCUAUCCCGGCAUACCACCACUCAGGCCACACUUGAUAAGUAA